GUCUCCGGCUGCACAGAGGGCCGCGGGAGGGGCAGCACACUCCCGCCCCGCCCCGCCCCGCCUUCUACCCAUGCAGCAGCGCAGCGCAGCGGGCCCAUGGAGCCGGUUCUCGGCGGUGGGGUGGUGGAACUCGAACCGGUGCGCGGCCGGGAGCUGCAGCUAGAGAGCACACAGAAGUCGCACCGGCUGCUGGCCUACAGCGAUGCGCUGCUCUCCAUCAUCGCUACGGUGAUGAUUUUGCCAGUGGCUCACACAAAAAUACAUCCUGAUCAGAAACUGGGUGAAAGUGUUCAGCAACUUCUUCUAGCAAAAAUUGCAGUCUACUUGAUGACCUUCUUAAUAGUCACAGUGGCAUGGGCAGCACAUGUAAGGUUGUUUCAGGUGAUAGAGCUCAUAGAUGAUGUCCUCGCUCUUCUAAAUCUGGCUUGUAUGAUGAUCAUAACUUUCUUGCCAUACACAUUUUCCUUAAUGGCUUCCUUUCCAGAGGUACCUUUUGGCAUUUUCCUGUUCAGUGUCUGUGCUAUUGUCAUUGGCCUUAUACAGGCUGUGAUAGUAGUAUAUGGAUUCUAUCACCCACAUUUACUGAACCAACAGAUACAGGUGUCUGAAAAUCAGAAUUUCUAUAAGCACCAUAUCUUAAAGAUUAUCCUAAGGGGACCAUUUUUAUGCUUUUUAGCAGCCAUCUUUUCUUUCUUCUUUAUUCCUUUGUCUUAUGUGCUUCUUGGGCUCGUAAUCAUUUUUCCACAUCUCACUCGAUUCAUUACAUGGUGUAAAAUCAAGAUUGUUGGUCAAAAGGAUGAAGACGAGGAACACCUUAGCUUAGAAACCUUCACUUUUUACCUCAGUGAGCCUCUGAGUAAGGAACGGGUAGAAGCAUUCAGUGAUGGAGUCUAUGCUAUUGUAGCAACCCUGCUCAUUUUGGAUAUAUGUGAAGACAAUGUCCCUGAUCCCAAAGAAGUUGAGGAGAAGUUCCAUGGCAGCCUUCUUAAAGCUUUAAGUGAAUAUGGACCAAACUACCUUGCCUACUUUGGCUCAUUUGUAACAAUUGGUCUCCUGUGGUUUGUCCAUCACUCACUUUUCCUUUACAUAGCAAAAGCUACACGAUUAAUGGGACUGCUCAACAUACUUUCGUUGGCUUUCAUUGGUGGUCUCCCACUAGCUUACCAGCUGACCAGUGAAUUUGCAGAGAAGUCUCACAAUGAAAUAGAAGCCAUUCAGGUCAGCUGUGUUAUCACUUUUUUUGCCAGCAUAUUUCAGUUUGCCAUAUGGACUACAGCCCUCCUGCAUGAAGGGGAAACUUUGCAUCCUUUUGCUAGAUAUGGUGGCAAAGAGCAUGCCUUCAUGUUUGCUAAGCUGGCUCUCUACCCUUGUGUAAGCCUUGGAGCCUUCUUUCUAACAUGCUUGUUAAGUGAAUUCAGCACAACAAUUUUCCAUCUUAUGCAGAUUGUAAUCCCAUUUACUUUUCUUGCCUUGCGCAUUUUUGUUAGAAUUGCUUUGACUGUCAUCAAGUCAGUGACGUCUCUCUCCAGACAGAAAGUUGUAUUGUUACAAGAGGAGGAGGCGUGUCUGUCUGCUGGUGAAACACUCUCCUAAGUUUCCAUGUCGUGCAUGUGAAGUUCCACCUUUUCUUCAUCUCUUUUAACUCAUAUUAGCUUCAUGUGUGGAUUAUAUUGAUCUAAACCAAAGUCUGUUCACCAUAACUAGGGCAUAUUUAAGUUUUAUCUGGUCAUGCUUGAGGUCCUUUCUCCAAAACCUGUCAGUGCAAAAAUCAGGUAAACAGGGGAUACAAAUCAAAACUAUAGAGUUACUCUUUUGGAAAAAAAACCCCACUGCUUGACAUGUAACUGCAGUGAUGAUUGAUGAAGAAGUGCACAACCAGGUGCCCAGCAAAAGGCCCUUUUUUCUGACAUAUGGCAGUUGUUAUGGCAGCCAAACACAGGCAUAGCAGCUGGUUGUGCCACCGUGAGAUACGGAGUGAAGCUUGGAAGAUAUGGAGACCUCUGGAUUUCUGGAUGGUGGAUCGUGAUAGAAUGUUUGUGUGUAGACGUUGCUGGUCUCCCCUUGGGGUUUUGGGUGGGUUUUUCUGUUUGUUUGUUUGGCUUGGUUUUUAAUGGUUACAAUGUCUUUUCUGGAUAGUUGAAAAUGUGUGACAGGAUUUUGAAAACUACUUUAGUGGUUUGUAAGAUUGAGUUUAGAUGACAGUAGCAUUUACAACCCAUAGGCUGUCUUCCAGGCUCUCGGAACACAAGUUCUUCAGACACAUCUGUUCCUUUAAAAAAGGAUAUGUUUAGGAAAUGAGGAUUCAUGUGGCUUUGUAUCUAAGGCUUGAACUAGCUUUGAUACCUUCCAGGAAAGAGAUUCCAAGAAUUGUGAGACAUGAAGUAAACUUGCUUUCAGUUCUGAACCAGCUGCAGGCUUUUUGUGUCUAUUUUUGUGCCUAUUGAAAGAAACAUCUUUCUGUUAUCCUGAAGGCAUGAUUCAGAGAGCAUGUGAGACUUUAAUGACACAUAUAAGAGUUCCAUAUUAGGUAAGGAAGUUGAGUUUUUCCCCAAGUAGAGGUUAACUAAGGGAUCUCACAGAUUUCUGAGUUUCAGCAAGACAGCAACAGAAAACCCUGUAGGACUUCCAGUCCGUAGCAUGUUGAUUUCUUUUACACUUCUGUGAAGUUUGAUCAGCUUUGUGCUUACCAAACGUUACCCUACAGAAAGCUGUAUAGAACGAGUGGGCAAAGUCAUCUAGCUGCCUUGGAAGCCUUUAUGUUUCUUUUUGGCAGAGCUGGUAGUUUGUAUCUCAGACUGUUUUACUGCCGGAUAACUUUAAUGCCAUAUUUAAAGGCAUUUGAGGGAUUUUAUUGUUCCUCUUAAAAAAGAAAUUCUGUGGCAAUGUAUACCUGGAGUAGUUGUUAGUGAAAACAAAUUCAGAUAUCUCAUUUCAGUUGUCAUCAGUCUUGAAAGCGCUUGUGCUUUUGGUUCGAAGCACCUUGAUUCCAAGAUGUAAUUGUUAGUGUUAUGUACUUCUUGUGAGAGAGUACAUUCAGAUAUCCAGGGACUUUUAUACCUGGUUGAUGUUAAAUGACUUACAGUAGGAUUCUGCAUUGUGUCGCAUAUUGCACGGUUUUUCUGGUAUUUAAUAAAGGCACUUUCAGUUCUACAUGAUUUUGUUUCCAAUGUGCAGUGGGCACAUAAUAGCAAUGUAU